CCCCGUUAUUUCUUUCCCGCUGUACCCUCGCUUUGCCUACCUGGACAAGUGGAGCAUCCCGACAAGACAGAAUGGUCCCUUUCACCGCGCAAAACCAUUUGCUCGCUCUCCCUUCCCACUCUGAAACGCCCACCGGUUUCAGGUGACAGGUUGCAUGCUUCUCGGCUUCGUCUUAUCCGCGCAGUCCCAAAUCUCUCCGGUCCCCUCCUCUCCCUCUCUAUAUAACCUCAUCUCCCUCGAGCUCAUCUGCAUCAACGGAUCAUCGAAACACCACUAAAGAACAUCUCUUCAAUUUCCAGCCGACCAAUUCAAGAAAGCCAGAUGAGUUUGAUUAGCAGAGCGAGCGUGGUCGCGGCUAGCGUGGCGGUGGUGGAGGCCCUCAAAGACCAGGGGUUCUGCCGGUGGAACUACCCCAUCAGGUGCGCUUACCAGGGGACCCAGAGCCGGGCGAGGUCCUUCUCCCAGGCCAGGAAGCUGUCCUCUCAGUCUUCUUCCUCGAUGGGUUCGGGCAAGAUCAGGGAAGAGGAGAGGGAGAGAGUGAAGCAGUCGGAGGAGUCUCUUAGGAAAGUCAUGUACUUGAGCUGCUGGGGCCCUAACUAGAUGCCGAACCAAGGCUUCUUGGCGGCUGAUUUUACGGAUGAGAUAAUCUGCUGUAAAUUGUAAUUAGAUUCCUCGAGAUUGAAGUUGAUAAAGACGAAAAUUUUCUCAGUAAUUCCACUGUCUCGAUCAGAACUUGCUCUAUGCGGGUCGCGUUUUGUUGAUGGGUACUCUGUUUUCCAGAGGUAGACAUGGCCAACAGUAUUAACUGAAACUAUACUAUUGAGAGAAGGGAGAGUCCAAAUAGAAUUCAAUUUCUCAAAAA